AUGCCUGGCGCAAAGCUUGCGGAAUACCUAGCGAAGAACUACCUUACAGCCGCCUCGUCGCAGUUUGCCUCCCAACCGGACAAAGUCUCAGCAGAUUUCCAAGAUUCAACUCGCCCAAAGAAAAAGCGGCGGAAGAAUAAGGAUGACUCCGCUCUAGCCGGACUCGUGAUCGCCGAUGACGAUGAAGACCUGUCUCUUCGCGGCACUGCUUCACGAGGAAGGCGAGGGGAAGAGGACGAGGAUGGAGAUAUGCCAAUAUUCGAGGCGGGCUUAAAAUCAGCAGAGUUCAGGAAAAAGAAAGGCGGGGGGCCUUGGAAAGUUGUCGCAACUGGAGCCUCGACCGCGGCUCAGGCAUCAGACAACAGAGAUGAGGAUAAAGAAGCGGAUCGCAUCCUGGCCGAAGCAGCAGAAGAAUCUCGACGGCGUCGCCAGGAAAUCGAAGAUGAAGACGCUCCUGCAAUUGUUGAAGAAACAGAUAGCGGACCCCGCAUGCAGUCUGGCGUUCGUGCGGGUCUCCAGACUGCUGCAGACACUGCCGCCCUCGUCGCGAAGGAAGAGCGUGAAAAACAAAGAGAACUUGAAUCACAAAAGGCUAAGACCAAGUCAAAGAAACACAGGGAUCGGCCAGCUCAGGAAGAGGAGACCAUCUACCGUGACGCCACUGGCCGGCGCAUCGACAUCAGUAUAAAGCGAGCAGAAGCCCGAGCCGCUGCGGAGGAGAAGGCCCGAGCCGAAAGGAAAGCGAAGGAAGACGCGAUGGGUGAUGUGCAGCGACGUGAGCGAGAGCAACGCAGGAAAGAUUUGGAGGACGCAAAGUUCUUGAGUCUGGCCAGAGGCGUGGAUGAUGAAGUGAUGAAUGACGAGCUACGUGCGAAAGUAAGGUGGGACGACCCUAUGGCUGGGUACAUCGCACAACAGAAGGCAGAGGAAGAAACAGACGGCGCAAUAUCAACAAGAAAAUCUAAGGGAGCCUCAGGUGAAAGAGUAAGAGUGAAGCAGAAGGUGUAUACGGGUCCUCCGGCCGCUCCGAAUCGAUACGGGAUUCUCCCUGGCUGGCGAUGGGACGGGGUCGAUCGAAGUAACGGCUUCGAGAAAGAAUGGUUUCAAGCACGUUCGAAGAGGGGGAGAGAGGAGGAAUUGAGGUUUCAGUGGCAGAUGGAUGAGUGA